GCGGCCGGCCAGGGUGCGGCGCGGGUCGGCCGGCGCGGGACGGACGGGCCGGGGCGAGCGCGGUUCGGUUCGGAGCGGAGCAUGGCGCGGUGCGGGCCAGUGCGGCUGCUGCUCCUCUGGCUGCUGGCGGGCGCGGCGCAGGCCAGCCUCUACUUCCGCAGGGGCCAGACCUGCUAUCGGCCCCUGCGCGGGGACCAGCUGUCGCAGUUGGGGCGCAGGACAUAUCCCCGGCCGCAUGAAUACCUGUCCACAUCGGAUCUUCCUAAGACCUGGGACUGGCGCAACAUGGAUGGUGUCAAUUAUGCCAGCGUCACCAGGAAUCAGCACAUCCCCCAGUACUGCGGCUCCUGCUGGGCCCACGGCAGCACUAGUGCAAUGGCAGAUCGCAUCAACAUCAAGAGGAAAGGUGCAUGGCCUUCUGCCCUGCUGUCAGUGCAACACGUCAUUGACUGCGGCGACGCAGGCAGCUGUGAGGGGGGCAGUGACCUGCUGGUGUGGAAGUACGCCCACGAGCACGGCAUCCCUGAUGAGACCUGUAACAACUACCAGGCCAAGGACCAAGAGUGUGACAAGUUCAACCAGUGUGGGACCUGCACCGAAUUCAAAGAGUGCCACACCAUCCAGAACUACACCCUCUGGAGAGUCGGCGACUACGGCUCCGUCUCGGGGAGGGAGAAGAUGAUGGCUGAGAUCUACAAAAACGGUCCUAUCAGCUGUGGUAUCAUGGCAACAGAAAAGAUGGGCAACUACACCGGAGGCAUCUAUGCCGAGUACCACGAGGACGCCUUCAUCAACCAUGUCAUUUCCGUGGUUGGGUGGGAUGUCAGCAGCGACGGCACCGAGUACUGGAUUGUCCGGAAUUCCUGGGGUGAACCAUGGGGUGAGAGAGGCUGGAUGCGGAUAGUGACCAGCACCUACAAGGAUGGGAAGGGUGCGAGCUACAACCUCGCCAUCGAGGAGAACUGUGCAUUUGGGGACCCCAUCGUGUAGGGUGGCUGUGUCUUAAAGCAGCUCUUUAGGUGUGAGAUCAGGAAGCCUGUGGCAUGUGCACUAGGCUGGUUAGCAGGACCAGAGAGACUAUCGACACUGGCACCGUCAUGGCACAGAACACCUAGAAGCCAGCUUUCUGGCUGAAAGAGCACCCUGAGAGAACAUGUGACAACAGGGGGUCUUUAACACGGCACAGGGCAGCUCUGCCUCCGAACAACUGUGUCAGCCACCUGGUGAAUAACGACCCUGCAGACGGGAAAUGUGUGGCCUCAACUUUCUUCAGUUUUCUUGGUAUUUCAUGUUACCAACCAUGGUCUGUAAAAUGGCAUUUAAGAGAUAAAAUGGUUCGGAUUUGUCACCAGUUCUUAUGUCACCUGCCCAAGUGAUGAAUAAAAUAUCAGGCUUCACUCAA